AUGAAAAGUCGUUUGGGUCUACAAGAGGGAGUUGCUGGGGCACUCGUCGGACUCGCCGCGGGCCACCCCACCUUGUUGUCAAAAGGAGAGAGGAGGGCUCCUCCUGUGCUACCCGACCUCGCCGCCGUCGGGGUGGGCGGUAGAGAGAGAGAGAGAGAGAGAGAGAGAGAGAGAGAGAGAGGCAUGGGCAAAGGUAGGGAGGGGGACUGGGAAUGCGGUGGGUGCCGGAAUCGCAACUAUGCAUUCAGAUCCUUCUGCAACCGGUGCAAGCAACCCCGCCUUUUGGUCGACAUCAAUACACCCGGGGAUUCUAAGUGGCUUCCGCGCAUCGGAGAUUGGAUCUGCAUCGGUCAGAUUCCUUCCUUCCUGCCCCCCUCUCCACACUCCCGCUAGAGCACGCACUUCGAAUCGAGAUGGUGUGGCUUGCUAUUCAUGGCCUCUUAUGCACUCGACUAAGUUUCUCAGCUGUUUCUGAGAUAUCCUGGAGACUAGUUGAGAUUCGACUUUUUCAGAAGGUGUCAUUUGACAUACGACCACACGUCUCUUUCAUCGCAUGUAUGCACACAUUCUCUUCUAUUCUUAUAUUCUGGUGGGAGUUCCGACCAAAUAUUGCGUAUGGGGUAAAAGCCAAAUGGAUGAUACGAACAGAAGUAGAUGCUGCCUGGAAACUUGAAGCAUAAUUGUGUCUUGUUGGAUGAUGGAUGAAAUACUGGGAGAAGGCUUGUGGCUAUUUUAGAAAAUUUUGUGAAUCUCGCGCGCAGACAUAUCAUAUUGGAAUUGUAGAUCGUAUGCAACUCGUCUGAAAUUCUUUUGAAAAGGUUGGGAGCUGGAAAACCGUUUUUCAGCUGGGCUAGGAGGGUUCAUUUUUUAAAUUAAAUUUUAUCAAAUGUGAGUAUUCCUCUUUGUGAUGAUUGGAUACAGUCAUCUUUUGAACAGUUGUUCGUAACUAUACUUCCUAAUUUUUUUUGUAAGUGUCUUUUUUUGAAUGGAAAGUAAACACCCAGUAUACCGACCUCCUACUGUUCUCUUAAGCAUUGUGUUGGCAUUUUGGUACAAACGUUGAGCUUUAAAAUUCAGUUGUUAAGACUAUCAAAAACAUCAUCAUCUUAAGAUUCUAACAAUCAAUGUGAGUCAUAAGUCGAAUAUAAAUGAGAAGGCUAGGCCCUUGUGUUUAUGUAGUCGCAAUGUUAGGUUUAGAGGAUACAGUCAAAGAGUUUCAAAUUCAGUUUUUAAGCGAAGGAAGGACAAUGUGUUCCCACUUUUGCACCUCUACGGACUUGCAGUUAAUGAGAUAUGGAGACCAUGGUUCGAAGAAUUAGCAGUGAUGAGCUGAAUCUGAGGGAUUGACUGUUUUGUGAACUUGCAGUUUAUCAGAUAUGGGUGACAGUUUGUGAAAAUUUCGAUUCCCAAUUUUAUUGUUUAAGAUCUUGGAAGUGCGAUGAUAUUUGAAUAUGUUCUUUUCUCAGAAGAAUUUCCUUAUUUUUAACAUUAAUAAUGCAGCCGGAACCUCAUGUCCAUUUACUAUGCUGAGCGUACUUGAAUUAAUAAUGUAGCUGUAUUUUUGAAGUUACUGUUAAAGGACAGUAAAAAAUGAGAUUUAAAAAAAAAGGUUUUAUUAUGAGAGCGACUAAUCCUUUUCAAUAUAUCCGUGCCAAUAUGGGCUGAAGGCUAUGCAGACACCCUUUUGAGAGCUGUAUUCUGCAUAGCUGUUGGUGUUGUGCUACACGUUUCAAAACCUCAAGUUGCAGGGAAGGCGAUUCAGGAAGAGUAAGUUAAUCUGAUCGACCUUUGUUAAGCUUUUUCAGAAGCGACCAGUCACUUCCGCCCCUGUACUUUAUGGACUAAUCUUUCCAAACUCCUUCCUUGCCGCCAACGGAUGCUACUAGGAGAGUCAGCAAGAUACCUUUCUUGCAUAGCAUUCGUUCAAUUUUUCCUUCUUUGAAAAUUUCUGUCACUUAAUGCCAGGGCUGCUUUUAUUAAAUGGCAACGGUUUGAAGCUUGAUUUUAAGGAAUGAUCCCUUAUGUUGGAGGUGGGAAAAUUAUGAGAAUGUAGUAAACUAUUGUUGUCCAUGGUUGAUGGCAGACUUUGAUACAUUUGAUAUGGUUGAUAUUCUAAUUUUUUUCCCUGGACUUGUUUACUAGAUAUUUACUUUAUGUCAAUUCGAGCGCGAAGCUACUAUGGAAUGUUGUCCAUUAUAUGACUGGCAUAAUUUUAUUUUACGUCUCGUUUUGUGUUUCUAAUGGUUGGUUGGUGUGUAUAUUCAUUUCUGUAUUAAUCUCUCUGGCUGCAUUAUCAACUGGGUCAUGUGGACGAUGGGUAAAAUAGGUUGCAGUAACAACAAUUAUGCUUCAAGAGAGAAGUGCAAAAAGUGUGGGCAACCAAAGGAGGAAGCAGCAAUGCCAGCAAUUGCGAUGCUUGGAGCUUCUCUUCCGACAUUUGCACAUCAUUUUCCCAGGGCAGACGGAGUACUUGGCGUGAGGAUGAAUUUUGGAAUGACAGACAGUUGUGCUCUGCAUCAAUCACUGGUACCAAAUUCUAGCUGGUCACAUGUUGCUGCUGAUAAAUAUGGACUUCAGUCAGUUUCUGGCUUGCUUUUGAGUGGAAACAUUGAUGGACUUCAAUAUCCAAACAAUGCAAAUAAUCUUCUUGGGGUUCCAAAAGGCUGGCGGGUUGGUGACUGGAUGUGCAAUUGUGGCUUUCACAACUACUCUUCUCGUGCACAGGUACCUCGUAUAGUAUUUAUAUGAUUCCCGACCAUCUCUUUUUAGGAUUCCCUAUGAUAGUGCUUUUGUUGGUGAUAGGGGGGCUCUCAGACUUUUACUUCGAAUUUAAUGUGGGACAUUCAGUAACGCACAUAUGAGAAAAACUGGCGUUGCCUGUUAUAUGGAGUAGAUGAUGCUUGUGUGUACUGGACAUAAACUCCAUUCCAGGAAGAAUGCCAUCGGCUGCGUCCUGUUACUAGAGAACGAAAAAAAAGUUUGUUUUUGGAUAUCUCAUGAAUUAAAUAAGCGUGGAAAUUGCCCGCAUGCUGCGUACUGCAUGCAAUAGAUUCAUUAAUCAUUGUCAACAAAAUCUGUCAUGAUUGAUUCGGAGUAUAUGAUGUUCUGCUAUGUGUAUGUGACUAGAAAGUGAAACCAGCACUUGACAAGUGAGUCUGGGAUCAAAGGGAAUAAGCUUCAGUUUGCCUUUUAUUUUGGGAAUGUCUCCAACUUGACGGAAGCUUAGUCCAGUGUAGACAAGGUAUGGCAUAGCCUGGAAAGGAAGUCAAUUAUAGUGGGUGCAGAAUGUCGAAUUGUUUGUGCUUAUCAUUGACCGGUGACCAUAAUUCAUGACUGGUUUACUCAACAUCAUGUAGAGAUUCAGACGGUUGAAAAGUCUAGUCAAAUCAUGCCAAUGUGGCUUUUACUUGUAGCAGCCAUGGGCUUGCAUGGUGGUGUGCCUUUUGGGGUAGUUUGCUUGAAUAGCUUUUAGAAUCCUAUCCACAGAAGAUUUAUUAGGAGUAUGGCUCAGUGUGCCUUUUUAGUCACUUGGUCUCCCCAUUUUAAUCAAUGAGUUACAAAGUCAUUUAUUAUGAAGAGACAAGGCUUGUAUGCAAUGCCAUUUUAAUGAUUUUUCAUUGGAUCCGUCAAUCCAGUUGUACUCACUCUUGAUCCUUCCAUGGGAUAAGAUAGUACUCCCCAAUCUUUAAUUCCAGUCCAAAUCUUCCAAGAACCUGAAGGAUCACAAUACCAAAUCUUGUAUUCAACAUUAUUUUAUUCUCUUUUGUCUAGAGAAGGAAAAUUUUCCUAACGCCUUUCAUGACAGUCAUAAUUUUAUGAAAAAAUUAAUUCUUAUUAUCAAACUCUAUAGUAAAUGCUGUCAUAUAAAGAAAGCUGUUUGUCUACAGAUAUAUUUCCAUAAAUUUUGGUCGGUAUGUGUUUCAAGCUAUGGGUCCACCACAAAUGGUACUGCGUAGUUAAUAUUGAUCUUUAUAUGAAUCUCGACAAAAAUGGUGUAUCUUCAGGUAUAGUACUCCUGUUUAAGCUGACCAAUUCAAAAUUCUUACGCUGUUUCAUAUAUGGAAACUUUAUAGCUUAUGCACCAUACUCUUUAUUUUGAUGUGAUUUUACUAUUUCCUUGUUGAUGUCAUCCCUGUCUCCGAGAGUCAUAUUAAAUAUGAUAAAUUUAUCAUCUAUUUCCUUUGGAGAAAUCUUUGGAAGUUUUAUAUGACAUGGCAUUUUGAGAAAUUAUCGUUUGAUUUGUGCAGUGUAAGAAGUGUAAUGCGCCUUUGGCUUCUGGGGUCCCAUCAUCUGUGGUGAAUUCUGCAGUUACAGACUUAUUUCUAAGUAAUUACACUCUUAAUUGAAAUUGAUAAAUCGAGUUUUGCUGGUUUUUUCGCUUUUUGGUGGAAAAUUGUGCAAUCUAUUUCGUAUGGUAUAGUUAUCUUUUUAUCAUUUAUUUUCACGAGUUGUUACCCCCAAAAGGAUGCACUCAACCUUCAAGUGGGACAGGCCCAAAACCUUCUACUCUUCUUUCUAUAUGGGGGUGCUCGGGUUUCUUGUCAUUUCAAUAAUAAAAACGGGGACCUUCCUUUUGGAGACUGCGCAUUUAAUUUCUGGUCAUUUUUCGGUGUUUACAUUAUGUAGGAGUUGCUUAUGCCACCGAAACUCAUUUUACAUGUCAAGGAGCAGAGACGCAGCAUUAUAUUUCUAAUUCUGGUAGAAUUGGAAAACAUUAUUUUUUUUAUUUCAUUUAAAAGAACUAUUAGAGUUUUUUUAGCUCCAAAACGAAUGCAUCGUUUUUAUGAGAUUAUUUAAUCUUAUUAAGAAAUGAAAUAUACAGGUAUACGCGAAGGAUGGUUAGGUUGUAGGAGAACGAAAAUUAGUCAGCUUAUCAACUGUGAUGACUGUUUCGGAUGAUUAGCCAGUCAUAGAAAUAAAUGUCUGCAAGUGUCUUGGUUUAUGCCUAUUAAUGAUUUCUUGAUGAAGGAUCCUCUUGGUUAUCAUAUCAAACACGGAUUUUAUUCUCUGUGUAAAGGCCUGGGUACAAAGCGUUUGGCAUCUGAAGAAUUCGUUAAUGAAUGGGAUAGCAAGAGGCUUAAUGCGGGAGAUACAGAAAACCAUUUCCUGGUAAGGUCAUUUUGCACCUGUGCUACUUCUAUUUUGUUAUAUAUAUGAUAAUUAUCUUUUACUCCUCUCUACUUGGAUGAAAGACAUGUGGGCAGAAUCUGUCAUAUCAGGGAUUUGAGCAUCUAGGAGGAUCCAGCGGCAAUCAAGCUCAUGGAAUGCAGCCCAAGUAUCGCAUUGGAAGCUCUACCUCAGUAACAACGCUGCAGAUACCUGCACAAUCUCCGCAGCUCACAAUGAUGCCUGCAAUUCUUGGAAAAGGGUAGCUAUUUUCUUUUUCUUGGAUAUCCACUUAGCUCUGUUAAUUACUUAUGCCCUUAUGUCAUUCAUGGACGGUGGUGGGACUGGAUCAGCUGUCCAUGCUCCCAUUAUUUUAAUGUAGCAUUUCCUUCAGAUACGAAUAUUCAAUCAGCAUACAGAAUGAGUGCUUACUGUCAUUCUUUCUUAUGCUCAUGAUGAUGCGCAUAUUCAUGAGAUUACAAGUAAAUUUCUUUUUACAAGAUAUAUGUUUCUCAAAAAAUUUCUAAUAAUGCCACGUUUUCUUUUGUAAGAAACUUGAUGUUCAUUGAAUGACCUAAGGGUUCAUGUAUUUAGUGACUAAAUGGUUCCUAAUUGGGGGAAGAAAAAGGAGCUAGAAGAUCGUAUGACGUAGUGUUCCAAGAAGAGUUUUUGAAAGACUAUGCUGUAGACUAUGAAAACUUGAUUUGUUCCAUGGAAUUUUACAUAUUUUUAUGGCAAAAUUUUAAAAUGUGUUCGACAGAAUUCUUACUCCAUUCAACUCUUGUUAUCAGGGCAAAACAGUGGCGUGACGGGGAUUGGAUGUGUUCACAUUGCAACAAUCAUAAUUUUGCAACACGUUCAUUUUGCAAUAGGUUGAUCUUGCUCUUUUAGGUUGAUCGCUGAUUAAGUUUUUGUCACAUUUUUUAAUUACCUCUGAGAUUUAAUAUAGUUAUGGGAACAUUCUUUCAUGUUAAUUAGAAUACCAUAUCAUCCAAAUCCUGGCUUACCCACCCUCAGUUAUUAGCAGUCAAUUUUUUUUCCUUACCUGCAUCGAAUGAAUGAGGGAAGACCCAUCUAUACUAUCUUCUUAGAAAUAGCUCAAUCUUCCUGAUCAGUAGCUCUCGGUUCUUAACACGAUGAAUCUGCUCGUUGGUAAUAUUCCUUCAGAGAAAGCGGAUUGGCUUCCUUCUGUGAUGUCAGGUAGACCUAUCCAACCUGCUUAUGUGCCUUUCCCCCCUUCACCAGGGGCAGGAUUGUGGGUAGGCAGCUCCGACGUGGACCACAACUUAGGACCUCAUUCAACGAUCUCCAAGAUUUCUUGGGUCGAUGUGGAUCUAAAAAAUCUGACUUAUUCUUUUCUUUUCUUUUUUCCAAUGAGUUCUUAUCUUUGUCGUAUUCUUGGAUAGGUUAAAAAAAAAAAACAAGUACUCCGUCUAUAUAUACAUGUUACUAUCUGACAGCAUGGAAGAUGAUAGACCGUAGUAAUGACCAUAAAGUCAGGACAAGAAGAGACAAUGGAGAUGAUUAUGGAGGGCUUCAUCAACAGAGAAGGAGGAAAUGUUCUGACAGGAUGGGAUUUGAAACAGCAGUUGCUUGUGAAGGUAGACGAGUCAUGGCUACGAAAACGAUCAGUACAACUAGAUUGCAGGAUAAGUGAGAUUCUUUGAGAAAUUUAGUCAAAAGAUGGAAGUUUGAAUGGCGGAUGGCUAGGUUAUUCUCAGCUAGAGGAACCUGUAGAGCAGCUAAAAAGUUGACGAAAAUUGAACUUGUAGAUUGACUUUUUAACUUUUCAGCUUUCCCUUUCCAUUUAAUGCAGUUGACUGCUCAUUGUUUUUGCCCGACAAAGAUUCUGGUAUGAACUUUUUUGUAUUUUCUUUCACAAUAACACGAGAAUCUUCUCGUUUCUGCAGGUGUAAAACUGAGAAAGAAGCGGCUCCACAGCCUGUGAGCGUCGUCUAG